UCGCGCGCGUUGUGGUCUAUUUGGAAAAAAAAGGAAAAUCGGAACUCCCCGUCAUCGCCGGUAGUUGCAACCGAUCUUCCUAUCAUAAAAAAAAAAAAGGAAAAUCAAAUCACCAAAAUGAACGUGGGAUUUUCCGGAUUUGUACUAGCCACGAUCAUCAAGAGUAUGUUGUCCACCGUCGACGGUGUCGUCGACGAUAUCCAAGUGCGUUGCGUGCACCGAUUCCGUUGAAGUUAACCUCCGGCAUUAUAAUAAUUAUUGAUAUUAUUAUUAUUAUGAUUGACGGCCGUCUUAUUUCGACCGGAUCAUGCGUUUGAACUGUUUGAAAAAAAUCACCCGCCUGUACAACGACAUCAUCGUUACCCUGUGUUGCGCAACUGUUUUUUAUUCACCAAAAUGUGACGGUUUGAGUAACAUGAGCAUUACCGUGCCGGUAGCCGUGGCGUCAGGCGAUUCCGCCAAAAUGACGUGCACUUACGAUCUCGGAACCGAUCCUCUGUACACAGUUAAAUGGUACAAGGGGAGGCAGGAAUUCUUCAGAUACGUGCCCAAAGAACUGCCGCACACCCGAGUGUUCCCAUGGCCCGGAAUCAACGUGGAUGUGAGUCAAUCUGGGCCCAACCAGGUGGUGCUCCGAGACGUACAAAGGCACUUAUCCGACAAAUAUCGUUGUGAAGUAUCGGCCGACGCUCCAUCGUUUCACACCAAAAUCGUGUCGUCAUGGUUGCACGUCGUAUAUCCACCGAUAGGACGACCAGUACUGUCACUGGAGAAACGACAUUACACCAUUGGUGACAAGUUGAAGGGCAAUUGCACAUCACCCCCGUCCAGCCCACCUUCUAACGUUACAUGGUAUCUCAAUGAUAAAUGGAUGAAUUCAAGUUAUGCUCGGUCCUUAGACGACGACCGUGAAAACGGACGUGGACAUGGCAUGCGGACGACUACUGUCGGAUUAGAAUUGGAAGUGAACAGCUUUAGGGUUGGCAAAAUGCGUAUUAGAUGUGUGGCUGAUUUGUACGGCGUUUUCCAGUCGUCGACAGAAACCGUGUUGGACGAAGAGAAACCCCGGCUAGCGUCUAUUUUAAGCACGUUUUCGUCGUCGCCCACAGGGGAAUCAAAAAAAUAUCUUCUGUCACUUAUGGCUGUUCUACUGGCCAGUAUUUGGAUAACACGGUAACCGUAAUCGAAUCAAGAAUACUCGGUGUGACUGUAUAUCCAUAGAAAAAAAGAAUGGUUCGGUGGACUGUUGACCUUUAACUUUGUAUAAUUAAUAUUUAAAAAAAAAUUGUUUAAGAUAAGUUUGUAAGUAUAUGUUGUUAAUAUUUUGAGACUUCGUGGGGAACAAAAAUUAAUUUCCACGCUUGUUUGUAAAAAUUGUACUUUACCAUUUGUAGUUAUCAUAAUUAUCACUGUUUUGUAUAAAAUACAUAUUUAGAGAUGUUUGGUUAUAAUUAAUAAAUUAAUACAAUUG